UAAACGUUGUAACAAGGGAGAGAGAUCUCCAUCAAAAGCUGCCCGCUGGAGUUAUUCAAAUUCAAGUCACACGUGAACUGCCACCGGUGCAGCAUCGUUUGGAGUUGAGCUCGAUACAGUUGAGGUGUUUCGCAAGCGAGUGUUACAGUUUAAUGUUAAGCGAGAGACAAUCAGAGGCAGUGGAAUGCGACUCAGUUCGAUUUUGUUUGUUUAGUUAAGAAAUAAAGCGUAAAUCGAAGCAUUUUCGAAAAUGAAUCAAACGAUAACGGAAGUCGUGUCGGGAGUGAAUUUUACCGUUGAAUCACACUAUGAAGAUGUGUUUCAUCCCGAAACAUAUCUUCCUUCGGGAUUCGUUGAACGCAAGUGGAAUGCAUUGCUGGAUAUCAUAGGAGAUAAUCCCGACAACCUGUACGUGUGGUACUCCAUGCUGUACGCGUACGGUCUGUUCUGGCUGCUCGGCGCACUGUUCGUACUGAUGGAUUUAACGAACCGACCCCGCUUCAUGCGGAAGUACAAAACGCAACCCGGCACCCACGAACCACUGAGCUGGGAACGCUGCAAACAGCUCAUCCGAACGGUCGCCUAUAAUCAGCUGGUGUACGGCGUCCCGACGACCUACUGCUUCUACCAUGCCCGGAAGCUGAUCACCGACGUCGUCCCGAACGUGCGCGUACUACCCACGCCGGACAUUAUCCUGCGGGACGUGAUAGUGUGCAUCAUUGCCUGGGAGGUGGGCUUCUACUACACCCACCGGCUGCUGCACACCGGCCUCCUCUACAAGCGCAUCCACAAGAAGCACCACGAAUGGUCGGCCCCGGUUGCCUGGUCGGCCAUGUACGCACACCCGCUAGAGUUCGUGAUGAGUGAUCUCGUGCCGGUGUAUCUUGGACCGGCCCUCAUGAAAUGUCACAUUUUCACGCUCACCGUCUGGUUGACGUUCGUGAUGUGGGACACGCUCGGCGAUCAUUCCGGCUAUCAUCUACCGUUUCUUGGCAGCUCCGAAUCACACGAUUACCAUCACCUUACCUUCAACCAGUGCUACGGAAACUAUGGCUGGUGCGAUCGUCUCCAUGGUACCAACAGUGAAUUUCGCAAGAAGAAACAGUACCAGAGGCAUUACCGCAUUUUCAGUCUCAAAUCUGCCCGAGAGCUUGUACCAAACAGGAUGGAGUAUGAUGCGCAUCCCGUGGAUGCUAAUCUUGGUGUGGCAUCGUUAACGGUACAGAACACGUCAGCGUAUGUCCAGCUCAAUCCAACGAUUAGCUUCAACUACGCCGAAACCCAGUGGAACAAGUUGCUUGAUAUCAUCGGUGAUGAUCCCGAUGUUCUGUACGUGUGGUUUCUUACCGCCUAUUCGUACACAUUUUUCUGGUUCUUCGGCAUGUUGUUCGUGGCGAUGGAUCUUACCGGACGGCCCCGUUGUCUGCGCAAGUACAAGAUACAGCCGGGCAGGAAUGAACCACUACCGUGGGGCCGGUUCAAGCAGCUCGUUCUUACGGUGCUCCGCAACCAGUUCAUUUUCGGUAUACCGACCAGCUAUCUGGUGUUUCAUAGUAGGAAAUUAUUCACCACCGAAAUCCCGCCAGUACGCACGCUGCCAACCCUCUCCACGAUCGCGCAGGACAUGGCGGUGUGCAUUCUGUGCUGGGAGAUUGGUUAUUACUAUACGCACCGUUUGCUGCACAGCCGGCUGCUGUAUCGACAUUUCCACAAGCAGCAUCACGAGUGGGGUGCGCCCGUCGCACUGGCCGCGAUGUACUCGCAUCCGGUCGAGUUCGUGGUGAGCGAUCUGCUGCCGGUCUAUGCCGGACCGGCCAUAAUGCGAAGUCACGUGUUUACGGUGAUGCUUUGGUUCUCGUACGUUAUGAUCGACACGCUGGCCGACCACUCCGACUACCAUCUGCCGCUGCUGGCGAGCUCCGAAUUUCACGACUAUCAUCAUCUGAAGUAA